AUGGCGGGGAAGCAAUCGGAUCGUUUCGACAUUGUCAAUGGCAAGCAGCUUGCGUUGUUGAUUGCGCCUACACUAUGCCUUGCGGUGGCUGCGGCAGCGGUGGCGGCGAGAUGGUACACGAGGAGUGUCAGACGGGUCAACACGAUCAACGAAGAUGCGCUGAUGCUGGCUGCUCUGGCUAUGAGCUUUGUCGUGGUUACGCUAGUUUACGUGCUGGUGUUCCUCGGCGGAGAAGGGCUUACGAGCUAUGAGAUUCAGGCGGACCCGACGAAGAACUUUGACGUUGUGGAGCGUUUCUGGCUGCGGAUACAAUUCGCACUGGAUAUCUGUUGGGCCACAUCGGUUGCAACGGUGCAGGUGGCGUUUGCGAAAUCCUACCUACGCCUGUACGAGAAGAGAGUUUUUGCUCGCAUCGCUUGCUAUGCGUCUAUGGCGCUCAUCGCGAUCUGGUACAUCUGGUCGCUCGCGGGUUGGAUCAGCAUGUGCCAUCCACCGGGGGAGUGCAAGCUGCAGAGCAAGAAGUCGUGCAUCAUCAUUGGAUCGCUGCACGUCUUCUUCAACAGUGUCAUCCUCUUUGCCCCGAUACCUGCCAUAGCAGCAGCAGAUCUCUCAGGCAAGAAGAAGGCGUGGGUGAUGGUCUUGUUCCUCCUUGGAUGCUUUUGUACUAUCCUAGCAGUCCUCCGUAUCGACUGCGCGAUCGACGUCUUCGGCAACGUCAAUGAUGAUCCGAUCGGUGCGUCGUGGUGGCGUAUCUGCUUUUCCCCAAUCGAGGUCGCUGUCGGUAUCGUCUGCUGUUGCGUUCCCAACGUCCGUUCACUUCCUUCGUGGCGCCGAACUCCUCCACUCCCGACUGAGGAUGGCGGUAUCGGUCUCCGCCGGAUGAAGUUCCGCACACAGAGCAACGGCUCGUCGACAUCAAAUCUCAACGCACCUCCUUCGCAAUGGAUGCCAGGCAUCAAACCGCAGGCGGCUGCCUUCGUCACGCUGAGCAAUGAAUCGGCUCCUUCGGAGAGACUGGGCUCAUUGGGGCUGAACGAAAUCAAAGUUACGAAAGAGUAUAACCUUGAUCGGUUAUGA